GCUACCGUUUCGAUAUGGAUCAUAUUCUAGGCAUUGGACGGGAAAGGAAUCGACUCGGCGGAUCGGGUGAAUUUUGACCAUAAAAUUAAUUUACCCAUUCUUCAACAGAUUGAAAAUUUUCCACCCGUCACCCACCCACACUUAGUUUGGGCCCUGGGGUUGGAUCCGGCGGAUGGCAAAUGGUGCGGUUGGAAAGCGGAUACUAUAACAACACCUGUGUUGUGGUAACAACAAGGGUAAAAUAGUAAAAUCAACAAAAUACAGUAAAAAUAAAUUGAAACCAAAAAUCAAUUUUCUCGUCCCCUUAUUCCGCCCAGAUCUAGAUAAUUGUAAAGCUCCCUGACGGCUUUCUGAAUCUGCCGCACGGUGGCUCUAACGUCCUCCUCACCGUCCAUAGUCUCAGAUCCGAAGUGCCACUUCCCGGCAACCAUCCAUAGGAUAACGUUGAUGCUCAAGUCGGGAAUCACUGAUUCAAAUCCACCAACGACGACGUUGUUGUUCUCGCCGCCGUCGUGUCGUUCUGACCACCGCUCAGUAGCUCGAGGCGGCGGGCUUAGAGCAGCUCGGCGACAGCGCACCAGAGGCAGAGCAACAGAGAGUCGCGUCUUGCUGUAGGGAUGCCAAAGGAGCCUGCUGCUGUUGGCGGAGGCUACGCAGAGAAAGUGGCGGUUCCGGCGGCGCACGUUUUCCCCAUACAGGAGGGCAUCUCUUUGACCGACGCCGCCGCUUUCCCUGAGGUCGCGUGUACUGUCUGGUCAACGAUUUUCAGGACCACCCGGCUCUCCCCUGACGAAUCAUUUCUGGUUCAUGGCGGCUCGAGCGGGAUUGGAACGUUUGCGAUUCAGAUAGCGAAACAUCUAGGGAUUCGAGUUUUCAUCACUGCAGGGAGCGAGGAGAAGUUAGCUGCGUGAAGAGAUCUCGUAGCUGAUGUUUGCAUCAACUACAAGAUCGGAAUCAACGAAGGUCUCGAUGGAGAGAGGGUUGGAUGUAUGUGACGAAGAAGAGCUCAAGGACUAGGAGGGCGGCGAGGUUUGAUGUGUAGGCGGGAGGUGUGGUGGAAUUGUAAUUGUCUAAGCAGCCGACGGUGUUGAAAGUGGGCUGAUGUUGAGAUGUGGUCGAGAAAGCGAGGAGGUGGAUUUUGUGGAAAAGAUGAUGGUGUAUUAUUAUGUUUAUCGUAUUGGUAUGCAGAUGACAAAUCUUUCAUACGUACACCAGAAACCUUCUAAUGCAGACCACAAACGUGAUCAAAAACCACAAAAAAGUAAAUCAGAAAACUCAUAAUGCAUACCACAAAUCUCCUAAAACAAACCACAAACCUAACAAAGUAAACCAAAACAUUUGCGAAAGUACACCAGAAACCUUUAUGCAAACCGCAAAACGGUAAAGCAAACCACACAAAAGCAAACUAGAAACGUCCUAAUGCAGACCACAAAUUUCCUAAAACAAACCAGAAACCCUGCAAAGCAAACCACAAAAUUUUUGAAAGCACACCAGAAACUUCUUAAUGCAAACCAGAAACACGAUAAAGCAAACCACAAAACAAACCAGAAACGUCCUAAUGCAGACCAAAAAUCUAUUAAUACAAACCAGAAACCUCACAAAGCAAACCACAGAAUUUACAAAAACACACCAGAAACCUCUUAAUGCAAACCAUAAACACGAUAAAGCAAACCACAAAAACAACCCAGAAACAUCCUAAUGCAGACCAAAAAUCUAUUAAAACAAACCAGAAACCUCACAAAGCAAACCACAGAAUUUUCAAAAACACAUAAGAAACCUUCUAAUGCAAACCACAAACAUAGUAAAUCAAACCACAAAAAACAAACCAUAAACGUCCUAAUGCAAACCACAAAUAUAUUAAAACAAACCAAAAACCUCACAAUGCAAACCACAAAGUUUUUGAAAGCAAACCAAAAACUUCUCAAUGCAAACCACAAACACGAUAAAGCAAACCACAAAAAGCAUAAAAAAUAUGAGAAACCAAACCAUAAAUCUCACAAUGCUAACCAUAACAUCCGGUGAUCGUUGACCGGUCAACGAAGACCGUUGACCGAACUCCGGUGAGCAGAUUCCGACGCCGAUAGGCAUAUUCCGGCCCCGAUGACUAGAUUCCGACGCCGGUAAGCAUAUUCCGGUGAAAAAAAUAAUAUUCCGACGACAAAAAAACAUAUUCCGGUGACCGACGACCAGUUUCCGACGACCGGUGGCAGAAUUCCGACGACCAAAAUAUUGGGCAGGAAAUAAUGACAAUUAUACCCCCUGCUUUUAUUUUUAUUUAAACAUAUUUUCAUAAUGACAAUUAUACCCCUGCUUUGAUUUUACACUAGGUCAACUCAACUAAUAAAAAAUCAUCACAUCCCUACCUUCCUAUUGGUGGAAGACUAGUGUUGUCACUAUAACAACACAAGGAGUGUUGUCAUAGUAACCGGUCUCGUGCGGUUGGAUGUGCGAGUUGACCCACAAGUCAACGCUUAAAAAAUGCAGAGUUGUUACCAUUUCAUUACUAGUAAAUUUUACGGUAAUGU